UGCUUGAGCUAUUUGUUUCGUCGCAUAUCUUAAUUAGUACUGCCUGCCAUUCAAAACCACUGACUAUAAAACGUUCUCCACCUUAUACCACUCCACAAUCUCACUUCAACACCCACAACUACUAGUCAUGGAGUGGAGUAGGGGCCCCAUCAUCGGCCGGGGCUCCUCCGCCACCGUCUUUCUCGCCGCCAAGGCCUCCUCCGGUGAGCCCUUCGCGGUUAAGUCCGCCGAGUUCUCCGAUUCCGGUCUGCUGCAAAAAGAGAAGUCCAUACUUUCUCAACUUGAUUCUCCUCACGUAGUCAAGUACCUGGGAUUUGACAUUACGUGUGAGGAGAAUAAGGUUGUGUACAACGUUUUCUUGGAAUAUGUUUCCGGUGGGACGCUCUGUGAUCUGGUUAAGAAGCUGGGGAGUUGUUUGGAUGAACCCAUGAUCCGAUUCUUUGCUCGUCAGGUCUUGUUGGGGAUAGAUUAUCUUCAUUCGAAAGGCAUUGCGCAUUGUGAUGUGAAGGGGCGGAAUGUUUUGAUCAGUGAAGACGGUGGUGCUGUUAAGAUUGCUGAUUUGGGGUGUGCGAAAUUCUUGGGAAAUGGAGAAGCUGCCGGUUGUGGAUUUUCCGGCACGCCGGCUUUCAUGGCGCCGGAGGUGGCGCGUGGGGAAGAGCAAGGAUUUGCAGCUGAUGUUUGGGCGUUUGGGUGCACGGUCAUCGAAAUGGCCACCGGCUCUGCGCCGUGGCCGGAGAUGGACGACCCGGUUUCGACUCUUUACAGAAUUGGUUAUUCCGAGGAUGCUGUGCCCGAAUUUCCCGGCUGGCUUUCCGGCGACGCUAAGGAUUUCUUGAGCAAGUGCUUAAACAGAAACGCCGAAGACCGGUGGACGGCGGCGGAGCUUCUUCACCACCCGUUUCUGCAAUAUCCGAAUUCUAAUCCCGAAAAAGUCGAAAUUCUUUCGAGGAAUUCUCCCACGAGUGUAAUUGAUCAAGGUUUUUGGGAAUCGAUUGAGCCGUCAAAAUCUCCAUCACCUAUCCCGGCCUCUCCCAUCGAUCCUCCGGCGAAUAGGAUCGGACGGUUGAUCGGAUCAUCAACCUUUCCCGAUUGGGAAGACGAAGAAGGUUGGGUGAACGUAAGAGGAAUGGAUGAAGUAGUGGAAACUGUUAAUUUGUCACCCAUAGAAAAAACCGAUAAAACUAAAUUUCAAAAUUAUUGCAACCUUGAUCAAGAAGAUGAAGAUUUGACCGGCAAUGGGGGUUUUCUGUUUGAUUGUUUUGCAGAGGAGAUUAGCUUUAGUUCUAGGUUAGGUACAACAACAAAUGUAUCAUUGUCACAUGAGAAUGUUAAACAUCACUUACCACCCAAAAUUCAAGAUUUUGUGAAGAAUAUGAUUAAAAUUUCACAUUUAAUCAAAGUUUAA